AUGUCUCCUGGCAUCGGUGGGAAGGAACUCCAGUGGAGUGGCCUUCCCAGACCAAGCCAACUACGCCACCUGGUCUCUCCGUAUAACCUCGACCUUCUCACCACACCUGCUGCCAUCGUCUUCCCUCAAAAUGUAACACAGGUUGCAGCAGCCGUCAAGUGUGCUGUCGAUGCGGGAAUCAAGGUCCAAGCGAAAAGCGGAGGACAUAAUUAUGGCAAUUUCGGGUCGUCGACUGGCGAGAUUUCGGUGAAUUUGGAGAACCUCCAGGACUUCAGCAUGGAUCAUACCACCUGGACUGCAAAGUUCGGACCCGGAAACAGCCUUGGACAGGUCACAGAGCUUAUGUACAACAACGGAGGACGUCAAGCACCGCAUGGAGAGACGUUCGACGUCGGACAGGGGGUGGAGGUGGUCCUCGCGAACUCCUCGAUCGUUCGAGCAUCAAAAUCGGAGAACGAGGAUCUCAUCUUCGCCGUCCGCGGCGCCGGGUCUAGCGUCGGGAUCGUCACCGAUUUUACCAUCCGCACUGUGCCUGUGCCUCCGUCGACUGUUGACUAUACCUACGUUUGGACGAAGCAAAGUGUCGCAUCCCAAGUGAAGAUAUUCCAGAGCUGGCAAAAGCUGCUCGCUGGUGGCACCCUGCCACGCGAAAUGUCGUACGGAUUGACCGUUACGGCUAACGGCAUGGUUCUGUCCGGAGUAUACUUCGGCAGCGAGGACGAGUUUGCGGCGCUGAACCUCACCAGCCACUUCGCCACGCCUCCACAAGUUAGCGAAACUAAGGCCUACAGCAGCUUCCUCGAAGUGUCCAAGGCCUUGGACGCGGCAGUCAGCGCCGCUGGUAUUGCUUCCCCGUCGCACUUUUACGCCAAGUCCCUUGUCUUCACCGAGAAGACACUGAUUCCCGAAGCCACCGCCCAUAGCUUUUUUAGCUAUUUGGCCAACACAAAGAACGGAACAGACUUGUACGCCCUCAACUUCAACGGCCUCGGUGGGGCAGUUGGUGAUUUCUCGCCAUCGGAGGCAGCCUAUCCUCAUCGCGACACGCUUUACUUCAUGUUCUCCUUUGCUCGCACGAGUGGCAACCUCACAGACACGACGAUUCGCUUUUUGGACGGCCUAAGCGAAGUUCUGACAAGCGGGAAUCCCAAGACAUACUACGGCCAAUACUCGGGGAAUGUGGAUCCACGGGAGACGAACGAGAAAGCCCAGACUGGGUACUAUGGCCAGAAUCUGGAUCGACUGCAGCGGAUCAAGGAGGCAGUGGACCUGAAUGAUGUUUCCACAACCAGCAGAGUUGGUGGUCAGCAGGGUAUUGGAGAAGAUGGUGUGGGAUGGGGAAUCCAAGACGGAGAAUAG